UUCCAUUGUAUAUCGUUUGGAAACGCAAGAAGUGCACAAAACUCGCUGCUUUCCGGUGCAGUUUGUGAAGAAGUUUGCUAAAAACUCGUGGCGCCAACUGCGACGCAAACACGCAAGAAACCCAGACAAACAGGAGCUAUCAAGGCUUGACACAGAAGGUCAUGUCCAACGCGGAUAAGAUGCAGGACCAGGAGCACGACGACGAGCAGUCCUCCGACAUAGAGGGAUCCGGCGACAAUGUGGGCCGUGAUGACGGCACCGACGAUGACGACGACAGCAACGGCAACAUGCAGCAGGAGAAUGGAGAUGGCGGCAACGGUGGCGACGGCCAGGAGCACUCUGGCGACGAGGAGCAACACCACAGCCAGGACAACGAGGGCAACGAUAACUCCGCAGGCCAACAGCAGCAAAUGCAGCAAGUGGACCGAACCAGCGCCACCAAUCUGAUCAUCAAUUACUUGCCACAGGACAUGACCGACCGCGAACUGUACAACCUCUUUAGCGGCUGCGGGCCCAUCAACACCUGCAAGAUAAUGCGCGACUUCAAGACCGGAUAUAGCUUCGGCUACGGCUUCGUGGACUACAAAACGGAGUCGGACUCGGAGGACGCCAUCCAGAAGCUAAAUGGCUUCUAUGUGCGCAACAAGCGAUUAAAGGUGUCGUAUGCUCGACCGGGUGGGCAGUCCAUUAAGGAUACGAAUUUGUACGUCAUCAACCUGUCGCGAAACAUCAACGACGACAUGCUCGACCGCAUCUUCUCGCCCUAUGGCCUGAUUGUUCAGCGAAACAUCCUGCGGGAUAAGCUCACUGGACGACCGCGCGGCGUUGCUUUUGUGCGUUACAAUAAGCGCGAGGAAGCUCAAGAGGCGAUCAAGGCGCUGAACAACACGGUGCCGGAGGGCGGAUCCCAGCCAAUCUGGGUACGACUCGCCGAGGAACACGGCAAGGCCAAGGCGGCCCAGUUUAUGGCCCAGAUCGGAGGUGGCAAUGGUGGCGGAGGCGGUGGUCCGCCCCACAUGGGCCCAGGUGGACCGAUGCACCCACCUCAUCACCACAAUAAUCACCAUCACAACAACCACCACAAUCCGCAUAUGCCGCCGCAUCAUCAUCAGCCGCAGCAUCCACACCAGCAUCCGCAGCACCAUCCGCAGCUGCACCACAUGCAGCACCACCAUCCCAACAACCACAACAACAAUCACCCCAACAACCACCAUCAUAACAACAACAACAACAACCACCACAACAUGGGCGGCCCGCAUCCGCACCACAUGCAGCAAAUGCACCCGAUGGGCAUGAACAUGGGCAUGGGCGUAAACAUGGGAAUGGGCAUGGGCAUGGGCAUGCCCAUUCACGGAGGCGGCGGUGGUGGUGGUGGCGGCGGCGGUGGAGGCGGUGGUGGUAACUUCCACCACAUGGCGCACAGAGGUAGAUCAAAUAGAACAACACGAUCUCAAAAACCGCAUCCAUAUAACCAUGCACAGAAAUUUAUUUAAACGCCAUUAAUUUCUUUACACGAUAUUAGCUGCAUCUCACAGGUGAAGUGUUCAUGCUGCCAUUGCCGAUUUGCAGCCGAUUCCCCAGCCAGCCGCAUCCCGUAGGCAAUGGCAUUUGCCACAGCCCCAACAAGAACAGCAGAUUCCGUUUAAGCCGCCGCCCGCAAGCCUCCAGAACAACCAUCAGAUAUAUUGCGCAUUCGGUGGCAGAUCCCGUUCCCACUCCGACUACCUAGUGCCGCUCUACUUUCCAGCCCCCGCCCAUCCAUCAGUUGUUUCCAUCUCCUCGCCAGCUGCGUCACUUUCGGCCUACCCAGCUGUUUUGGCCGUGUAUGUUCCGGUAUAUGUCACGGUUCCGGUCUCUCUUCCUGUUACCAUGAACAGAGCCAGUCCACAAGCUUAAAGUGAGUGCAGACGGAGGCGGCGGAGGCGGUGGCCACAUGGUAGAAGCGAGUAGAAAUAGAUUGAGUGCAAUCGGAGGAGGGAAGAGGAGAUAUUACCCAGAAGCGAUAUCCAAUAGUAGCCAACUCUCUCGCUCUCUAUGUGUAUGUAUGUAUCUUGCUAUCCAUAUAUGUAUAUCCAUAUCAGAGAGCCAGGAUUGGUUGAGACCAUACGAUAUAACCCGAAACCACACUGGCCAGGAAUAGCAAAUCCAAGCAUUGGCAGCAAGAGGCAAAGCAAAGGUGCACGGCAGACAUAGGCAGUACCACAAGAACACUAUCACAGAAUUAAGCAGAGCAAAUUAAAGAUGCAUAGCGUGUAUUAAGAUGUACGAAAUAAUGUUCCAAAGUUAACCAGCCUACACAAUCCCCAACAACACACACACACACACACAUAAAGACGGUCGGAGUCGAAUCCUUGAUCGAACCACAUAAGAAAAAAUUCCAAUGAGUUUGUAUGAGCAACAUACAAAGCCCCAAACGCAAACCAUCAGCCACUCAAGACGAGACGAGAACGCAACCAAAACUCAAAUAUAACUUUCCUGCACUCAUCUCCAGUUCACGAAACAAUCUUCGCUCUUGGUGGAUUGCGAAUUGUAAAUGAAUUGAGUAACUGCACGGAUGCAAAGCCCCAAGAUGUGGCGACUAUUCCGGCCGGACACUGUGAGACGGACGUUACACACACGGAUAUAUAGAGAGACGAACCUUAUGACAACAGACAGAAGACGCUUGCUCUGAAUAGAUGGUUAAUUUGUAGACUUAUAAGGAACGUCGACAGCGAGGGUUCGUUCGCGUCACUUGCUUUUUACUACAUUAUAAAUAAAUUAUUGAUGUACUACCAACAAACCAAGAACAAGAACACCACACUAUACAAACACCUAUAUAUUAGAUAAUAUAUAUGAAUGAUGUAUAAAUACCCGAACUUCGGGUAAACUUCCAACAGAAACCCGACAAGAAGAUGGCUGAAUAUGAAAUAAACUUGAAAUUUUCCAACCAGCAUACCCGUGAGACCCAGAGGUCCGAAAUUUUUUUUUUUUAGUAUUGAUAAUCUCUAAACGUAAAUCCUAGUCUCGUAGCAAUAUCAUAGUUAAGGUGACUUUUUUUUCAGAAUAAACUUAAAGCACGAAAGAAAUACAUGUAUUUAAACCUUAAAUCCUAAAGUUUAUAAUAAACGAACACAAAUUGAAUUCUUGAGUCUGCGAGCGAGAUGGUGCGAUGCAGCCUCAGCGAAAGAGAGCGAGAGAGAUGAUACAGAUUUGAGGUACAGUCAGCACAGUACAGUGCGGAUCAGAGCUUAAGUUGACGAUAUACUAUUGUUGUAAAUUGAUGUUAGGCUAAGCAAAUAAAUAGUUAAAAUGUUCAAUUUUCGCUUAGCUGAAUCCUGAUCGUCGUAAAAACGCAUUUACACGAACAUUAUAUACUAGUCAUUAAGCGGUUCUAUUUGACAGGUGAAAACAAGAAGCUGUGGCAGCCUUUUACUACAGAAACUAAAAAAGAAAAAUACAAAGCUUGACAUAUACACGCAUAUUUGUGAACAAACUGAAUUUUACCAUACAUCUUUGAGAAUUUUAGGACAGUAUUCUUGAUAAUCUAUAUUGAAUGUUGAUCUACACUUAACGUUGCACAAAAGAGGUAUCUUUCUGACCUUCUAUGCGCGUGGAGUGGAUCCAAAAAAUCAACUUGGUGUAAUAAAUGUGUAUUU